AUGUUUCUAUAUAAUAAUGAGAUUCAUAAAACGAUAAAUGGUAAAAUCGAAAUUAUUGAACAAACAAGAAAAUCAAUUAUAUUGGUAGAAAAAGAUGAAAAUGAAAAACCAAGUGAAGCAUCAGCUACAGAACUUAGUGGCUUUGGUAUUCCAUUAAAUAGUGAACAUUUAACAACUAAUGAAAAUUUUGAAAAGUAUUUUACUCAAACAAAAUUAACUGUUGAACAUAUACAUAAACAAAAGUAUCUGUAUCGAGACAUAAAACCGACAAAUAUAAUUAUUAUUAAUGACAACUUACCAUUAAAUGAUUUUGAUGUGUCAUGUCGUAUGGAUGAUUAUGAAAAAAGAAAAAUUUCUGUUGGUACAGGAAAAUAUUCAUCACCAUUAGAUCAGAAUAGUUCAUUAUAUAAAGAAGAUGAUGAUUAUUUAAGUUUAUUAAUAACAUUUAUUUCGUUUAGAUAUGAUUAUGAUGACUAUUCGAAUGAGAACAAAAUAAAAGUAUUAAAUGAUACACUAAGAAGAACAUUUAUGCCUGAUGCUAUAAAAGACGAAAUAAGAGUAAUACUGAAUAUUAAAUAA